GUCCGACAUUUUCUUGCUUGCGCAAGGGCCUCGGGUCUUUCCCUCUGACAGUAUCUCUACUCUCGCCUCCGGUCUCCCGAUCAAAGUCUCACAUGUGUGCAGAUCUUGGAGACAGACAGCUAUCCUCACAACAAUUGUGGACGACCAUUCAAAUUUCUCAUCGUCGACUGAACGACUCCGCGAGCAUCAGUCUCUACUUGGAACGCUCUGGCAGUCUCCCUCUUGACAUCACGAUAUGGUGGUAUCCGGCCACGGAAGAGUUGAAGUUCACCCAUAGCGACGGACGAACCGCGCUCUGGGAGAAAAUCGUUUGCGAAUACCGUCCCACCUUGCAUACACGACUCGAAAUUGUUCUUGGACAGGUCGCGAGAUGGAGAGCAUUUCAGCUCGUUCUUGAAGACUGGAACCUGCUUCAGUCGAACGUUGCGUGGUUCUCUGGAUUCACUGCUCCCCAGCGCACUGCCUUAUGGCUGUCGUACUGCCGCGUCUUGCACUCUGGAGAACCUCGAGGCCGGACGCCUGUGCCGGAGCCGUUGGGUCCGGUGUUCGCGCACGACGGCGUUCCAUCCAUCUCAUAUUGUGUUAUCGAUGGCGUACAUCUUGGGUUGGCGCCACUUUCAGGUCAUAUUCUUACACAUCUCUUCAUCCGAGAACAAAAGGACAGCCUCAACACGCCGUUCCAGGACAUCAUAUCCAUACUCGAGCAUUCUCCCAACAUUCGAACCCUCCAUAUUCUCGUUUGUGAGGGCUUUCACGACCCCCUUCUAGACUCGACCAAACGAAUUUAUCCACCUUCACUCGAGCAGCUUUUCCUCGAAGAUGUCCGGCCAGUCUUUGCCCACUCCCUUCUGAAACAAAUCGUGGCGCCAAGCAUGCGCAUAGUAAGGCUCGGGUUCACCAAUGGGUUUUUCGAUGCCCUCAUAGAGACUUUGUCCGUACCAUACAUCCACUCCGGUAGAUCAGUGUUGCGGUCGGUUGAGGCGUUAAGAGUUGACGCAAUAAUACUGCUACGGACGGAUCCCGACCCUGCAGAAGAAAUGUACCAUGAUUUCGACAGUCUUCGGGUCUUGGUGAUCGAGCGGGCCCUGAGUCGUUCGUACUACCGAUUUCUACCCAGCAUCGUCCGACUCACUCGUUCGUCACUCUCACUCGCUUCCCAAUCCGAUCACACUCCCGCGAUAUGCAUCCCCCGCUUGAGCACUCUCGUUCUAUCCGAUCCGUUCAAUCCGGAUAUAGACGAACUCAAGGAGUUGAUCACUAUACGGCGUGCAGUCGGUGCCCCCAUCAAGAGGCUCCUGAUUCAGAUAGACUGGAUCAUCAUUCCCUAUCCGAGUUGGACGUUGACUGGCUUGCUCACAACGUCGAAGCCUUCGCCACGUUUCGUCCGUCCGGAUCCUCUUAUGCCACGCACACAAUUGAUACUCUACUCGAAACGGUGUUGGAAGCUGAUCUGGCUGCAGAAACGGAGGUUCAUUGCCUCCUCUGAGGUGUUUCGCUCCAGAGUCAGCGCAUAG